UGUGCAAAAUUGAUGGAUGAAUAAGAAAAAGACUUGGAUGGACAGGACCACAGUAUGGCACAGCUUAAUGGGGUCAAUCUACAUGGGGAACUUUUCUGAAAACUGUUGGUGACAGUGAUAUAAACAGUGCAUGUGCACCAGCAUGAUGCAGGCUCACAAUACUUUGGCUAACUUUACAGGAAGAAUUUAAACCCAGCCAAUAUUUCAUGUUUGUCGAAGCACAGAACAUGGAAACAGCAGAAUCAUGUGGUGCAGGGAAAAUUAUGAAGUCUUACAGUGCAGCAGAUGUUGCAGUUACCUUAUCAUCUUUCAUUUCACCAAAAGAAAAUGAACUGGGCCACAGGGUGUUAUCUUUACCAACUUCAAAAGAGGCCUGCCUGUUGGACCCACCCUCUCCUCUAAGACUAGCUGAUGUGCCUGAACAUACUUCAAAUGAUUCCUCCACGCAUGCCAUUUCCCUUACAUCUUGUGUUACAAAGGGUGUGAGUUAUUUGUCCGUACCAGAGGAUUCUGACAAAGCCCCAUUCAGGUAUAUGGAGCCCAAAGGCAUUUCGGCGCUGUCUGAUGAUUGUUUGAUGCAGCAGAGCAGAACCUGUUUGGGCUGCUUCAUUGAGUCAAAAGAAAGCAUUGAUGCAGAACCUGGAAUAAGCAUGAAAAUAGGUGACAUGAACAAGGAUUGUGACACCUGUUCGGUCUCUGAUAUAGGGAUUCAGUGCAUGAGUACAGGAGAAAGUGCAAGAUAUGGGGAUCAGCUGCUUUCAGACCAACUGUUAAGCUUUACUGUGCACAAAUCUAGGACUACAGACAAAAGAGAUGUGGAGAAAUCUGACAGUGAGUCGGAAGAUAUUACUCAAAAACAUUACUACGAAGGAUUACUGCUGGACAAAUGCAACGGAGAGGAAGCUUUACUGUCGAAUCCUAGCCAGGAUUGGGCUUAUUUUGAGUCUUUUAUUAGCGAAAGCAAAAUAGAACUGCUCGACCUGUGCUCAAAAAAUGAGCUUUCAGUCAAUCUUUUUGCAGAGGAAGAGGUGGACAAUUACAUGUUUGAUGAUGAAUCGACUCUCAGCAGCGAUGUCUGCUCUUUAAAGAUUAGGUACGAAUCCUUUCAAGACAAUGUCAGGGAAAAGACGAAUGUACUUCAGGAAGAAGCACAGUUAAGCUUUUUUCCUAAUGUCAUCUCAAACUGCACAAAAAAGGAAGGCAAAGCGUCCAUGAAAAUGAACUCAGAUCCAUCACAAAUCAAAUCUGAUGAGAUUGACAUCUGGGAUGAAGAUGACCAAUCGGAAGAGAGGGCGGGAAUGCAAAAAUAUGGUAGCACAGUGGAUGUAAAGCUGUAUGCAACUUCUAAAAGAAAUCAUUUCUUUGAAGCAAAUCAUUCUGUAGAAGAUUCAGGAGAGUAUAGUGAUGACAGUUAUGGAACAGAUUCCUCUUAUGACACCAUUAAAGGGAACAUGGAUAGUAUUAGGUAUCUUUCGAGACAAAAUGCAAAUUGCUCUGGUCAACUAAAUUAUGCUUUGCGUGCCAAAAGGAAAGUACGGUAUAGUGAUGACUACUUGUACGAUGUUGACUCCAUAGAAAGUGAAAAGAUUUCCGGAAAGAAAGAGUGGCCGGCUGAUGGUCCUAAGAAAGAAGAUGAUGAUGAAUGGUGCCCACGAAAGCGCCGAAAGUCAGCUCGGAGAGGACCGCCGGUUAUUAUUAAAUAUAUAAUCAUCAAUAGGUUCAAAGGUCAAAAGGAUAUGCGAGUGAAAGUCAGUAAAAUUGAUGCUACCCAGACAAGUGUCAAUUUGACUGCUGAAGCACUAGGUAAAUAUGAAAAACUUGCACCUUUAAAAGAAUUUUGGUGCCAAAAACAAUCUAAGCAUCUGUUGUCAGUGCCUACUGAAAGAAGGAAGAGGCUGCAUUUAAAUAGUGCAGUGUCUAAUGUGUUUCUUUCUCAUCCUGCCAAGAGGAAAAGCAAACAAAUUGCAAACAGACACAGGGCACGUAGAGUUCGACUUGAGUUGGGACCCAACAAGCAGAUUGCAUGCUCUUUUGACCCGGCUGAAACGCAAAGGCUGACCUGUGCUGAUAGAGAAGAGGUGGACUUUGCCGAUGCCCAGACAGUUGCAAUAGAAAUCCCUAGCUGUGCAAAUGGCUCGUGUUCCACCAACAUUACAUCAGGGACUGUUUCAAUGAGAAGCAAAUCGCAAGGAAAGUUUGACAACAGAGUAAAGGAGAAAGGCAGGCUAAAAAGACUGAAAUUAAAAGCAGAAGCCAAACUGAAAAACACCAGCAAAAAGAUCAAGAUGGCAGUAAAUAAUGACUUUGAGACAAUGACAAAUGCAAGUGAAAUGGAUUCAGCUGUAACGAGACAGAGUAGUUCAGGUAGCCUUCUGACUAAUGCCAUUCAUUGUGUCCCAGACAACUCCCAUUUAUCUAAAUCGUGCCAUGCAAAGGCUGUUGCUAAGAAUUCUACUUUUUCACCCGCCACCUGCUCUUCUGAGAAGACUGUGCCAUCUGCUAAUGCUGCCUCUACUGUGCAAGUAAUCCCUGGGGGGUAUUUGCAGACACUGCUGGAUGCAUCCGAUUCCAUAAACCAUACUGGGCUCUCCUACUUCCCACAUCAUUCUGUUGUUGCUUCCAAGCAACUGAAUCAUUUCAACCCUUCAAACCUCACGCAAAGUUGUGUAAUGUCCCCUCCCUCUGAAUCCGAACAACAACAGUCCCCUCUUUAUCAGGAAGAUAAACAAAGCUUUGAAAAAUUGUGGCAUGCAAAACAGGAGUAUUCAGCUGUUGGCAGAGCACCUGCCAUUCUGUCGACUAGCAUGGUUGGUGUAGUAUCACUACCAAUAGAAGGCACUAAUCUUUCAAGAACCAUUAAUGACAAUUAUCAACAAAUAGAAAUACAGAGUGAUGAACUUGUGCUUAGCAAGAAUUAUUCCCAUACCCAGCCAUUGCAGUCAAAUACCAGCUAUCAAUCAUGCAUAAUAGAAGACAGUGAUGGCAAUUUUCAGCUCCAUCGAGAUUCAGUAGCUCCAGAUGACACCAGACUCAUCAGUUUUGAUUCAGUAGGUUCUUUGUCAGCAAGCACCAAUAAUUUUAGCUCUUUAAGUUUGAAGUCAUGUGAAAAUGAUGGUGAGGAUGAUAUGAGUGAUGACUUUUUAGCCCAUUGCAGCCCAAAGCUAGUAAUUCAGCAAAGUGUUGAUGAAGUUGCACCUCUAAAGGAAUCUGCUGAUCUCCUUGACAUUUCAAACUUUACUCCCGAUCGAUUCAGGCAAGUGACACUGUCUGAAAUUUCCCCACCAAUUACACCCGACCUCUCACCGGAAAUGGUGGGACCAGAGGCCAAAACAUCAGGCAAACCCAAAGACUUUCAGGAGCAGGCUCAAACAAUGCUUGGAGAUGCAAAUAAAAUGAAAUGGGGCUCAGUACCCCAGACACAUGAUCAAUCAACUGAGACAUUUAUUUUGAAUAAUCAUCAGUUUCAAUUUCAUACCUUUAAUAGCGAAGAUACCAGUGAGAUGACUGAAACAAGCCCAUUUGAAAAACAAGCUGGCAUGCUGAAAUUAAACAACAGUAAUAGGGGACAAAAAGCUAAGAAGAAAAGCACCUCAAGUAAGCAUGUGGGCCCAAACCAAAGCGCAAUCCCAAAAGGUGCAAAAAAACCAAGGAAGCCAAAAUCUGCUAAAGCUACCGAGAAAACUCAAAACAAAAGUAAUUCGCGUCAGAAUCCUGGCACUUCCAAAAACUCGAAAAAAUCAAUCAGUGCAACGCACGCUAAAAGGAAUGAUCAGGCACAGCUGCCUUCAGCUAACAGCAAGUCAUUGGAUGCACUUGUUAAUAAAAACAGCAUAUCACCUUGUGUUCAGCUGCUUAAUGAGACCCUUCCACACCGUGGUCCUGCCGCUGUACGGGGUAGAAAACAAAAUGGGGGAAAUAGUACCUGGCCUUUGAGUAAAAAGGCCAGUGUUGGUUGGUGUGGGCAGAGUGCUGCAAACAAUAAUAAUCUCUUAGUUGAUGACCAGAGAGAAUUUGAAGAACCCAGUAAUAUACUUUCUAAUAUUGCCUCUGGAAUGGCUGAAGUUCAGCGUUUUAUGAUGGCUUCUAUUGAACCGAUCUGGAGCCCCGGGGGGCAUAGCAUUGCCUCAGGUACUUGCCAGUCACUUGAGGUAAACAGCCUGAAAUGGAAAACUUUGAAUAUUUUGGGUGGUACAAUGUCAGAAUCCAAAAAGAAAUCAAAUAGUUCUUUGCCUGCUAAAAACCGGAGAGCAACAGCCAAGGCCUUAAGUAACAAAAAUCCUGCAAAAUCCACAGUUCCUCAUAUUGCUGCACCAACCGGUCCUAACAAUGAAUUUCAUUUCAGUUCUGGCAUGCGAGGUGGCAUUUUUGACAGAAGCUCUGAUACUUCAAGUAUUCCUGCCAGUAACGGUCCCAUCCACAAAAAAAUGUACCGUCACAAAGCAACAUUAAAAUUGUCAGGGGAUGAAAAGAGUAAGGUAAAGAGAGCAGAGCACGAACAGCAACACAAGAGCCCAUCUGUGACAGCCUCUCUUGAGAAACUGAGGUAA